AUGGCGGCGCCCGGGCCGCGCCAGCACCGGCGCCGGCGCGCCCUCGUCCGCGCCAGCUUUGCCGCGCUCGCGGUCCUCCUCCUCGCCGCGGCGGCCGCCAUCCUGGUCCUCACCCUGUUCCGCCCGCGGCCCCCGACAACAGAGCUCCUCUCGGCCACGGCCACGGGCGCCAUGCCGCGAGUCACUCUCCUACCAACAAUCUCCAUCCAGCUCAACGUCACCUUCCUCCUCGUGGUCCGCGUGCGCAACCCGAACGCGGCCUCCUUCUCCUUCCGCCCCGGCGACCAGCCAGGCGGCAGCACGGCGCGGCUGUACUACCGGGGCGCGCCCGUGGGCGAGGCCGCGGUGCCGGCGGGCGAUGUGCCGAGCCGCGGCGAGGCGACGCUAAGGAUGGACAUGACGGUGCAGGGAGAGAAGGUGGCGGCGGCGGCCGGGCUCGGGGCGUUAGUUGGGGACGUGCUGGCCGGGGAGAUGGAGUUCGAGGCCCGGACGGACGUGAAGGGCCGGGUGACGUUCCUCGGGUUCGUGAAGCGGAGCGCCGAGGCGAGGUCCGUGUGUCGGAUCGUCGUCGGCGUUGUUGAUGUCAAGGUCCGGCGCCAGGAGUGCCAUACUGACUUGUGA